UAUGCAAAAUGUCCCUGCGUGUCUUUUCGCAGUAUUACGGUCAGCCCUCCCGGAGGUUCUGUACGUGGCAACGUACUAAAACUAAAUCCCCCCUCUGUCCUAUUCAUAACCCCGAGGUGCCAAGUGAAAUUGCGUGCACAUACCGAAGCGUGACGUUAAGACCCAGGAGAAUAAAGAUUAUUGAAAGAGACAGAAUGAGGAAGUUCCUGUCUUUCACCCUCUGGGCUCUGCUGUGCUGCUGCUGCUGCUGGACAACACAUGCAGAGAUCUUCACUUCCAUAAGCCAAAUGACAGACCUGAUCUACACAGAAAAAGAGCUGGUCCAGUCUCUGAGGGAAUACAUCAAAGCAGAGGAGUCCAAGCUUGCUGCUGUCAAAAGCUGGGCCAAGAAACUUGAUUCUCUGACCAGAAUGUCCACCUCUGAUCCAGAGGGCUACCUGGCCCACCCGGUAAACGCCUACAAACUGAUGAAGAGACUCAACACGGAGUGGUCUGAACUGGAGACUCUGGUUCUUCAAAACCCCUCUGAUGGUUUCAUUUCCAACAUGUCCAUACACAGACAGUACUUCCCAGAUCAGGAGGAUGAGACGGGUGCAGCCAAGGCGUUAAUGCGGCUUCAGGACACGUACCAACUGGAUUCUGAGGCCUUCUCCAAAGGAAAGCUGCCAGGUAUUCACUCCAACGCCAUACUGACAGUAGAUGACUGCUACGAUAUGGGAAAGACGGCUUAUAAUGAAGCGGACUAUUACCAUGCUGUGCUGUGGAUGCAGCAGGCCUUGAAGCAGCUGGAUGAAGGAGAUGAAAGUGUGGCUUCCAAGGCGGAUAUUUUGGACUACCUCAGCUACUCUGUUUACCAGAUGGGAGAUUUACCUCGAGCCAUUGAGCUGACACGCCGGCUGGUCGCUAUUGACUCCAGCCACCAGAGGGCAGGAGGAAACCUGCGUUACUUUGAGCGGUUACUGUCCAAGCAGCUGAAUGAGCUGAACCAGGACUACCAGCCUCCCUCUGAGGAGCCCAUCCAGCUGGGCACCUACCGCAGACCUAAAGACCAUCUCCCAGAGAGAGAGGCCUACGAGGCUCUCUGCAGAGGAGAGGGGCUCCGAAUGAACGAUGUGAGGCGCAGCCGCUUGUUCUGUCGCUACCACGAUGGUAACAGGAACCCUCGACUGCUGCUGAAGCCCAUGAAAGAGGAGGACGAGUGGGACAGUCCCCACAUUGUACGCUACCUGGAAAUCCUGUCACAUGAGGAGAUUCAGAAGAUUAAGGAUCUGGCUAAACCCAGGCUUGCCAGAGCUACUGUCCGUGACCCCAAAACAGGCGUCCUGACCACAGCCAACUACAGAGUAUCUAAAAGUGCAUGGUUGGAUCAAGAAGAUGACCCUGUUAUUGACAGAAUCAACCAGAGAAUAGAAGACAUUACAGGCCUUGAAGUAGACACUGCAGAGUUACUACAGGUUGCUAACUAUGGAGUUGGAGGACAGUACGAGCCACACUAUGACUUCUCAAGGCGUCCUUUUGACAGCAGCCUCAAGAAGGAUGGAAAUAGACUUGCUACGUUCCUAAACUAUAAAGAUGAGCCUGAUGCUUUCAAAAGAUUAGGCACUGGAAAUCGCGUGGCAACUUUUUUGAACUACAUGAGUGAUGUCGAGGCAGGAGGUGCCACGGUCUUCCCUGACUUUGGAGCAGCAAUCUGGCCUCGGAAGGGGACGGCAGUGUUCUGGUACAAUCUGUUCAAGAGCGGGGAGGGAGACUAUAGGACCAGGCACGCAGCCUGCCCCGUCUUAGUAGGAAGUAAAUGGGUGUCAAACAAGUGGAUUCACGAGCGAGGACAAGAGUUCAGGAGACCCUGUGGUCUGACAGAAGUGGACUGAAGUUUGAGCCACACCAAAGAAACCUGCAGAAACACAUACAAACACCCACAAUAGUGCCUUAAUUCUGGCAAUGAUGCAUCUAAGAGACACGUUAUUCUCUUCCUGAACUUCUCUACAUGACUAAGAAAUGUUUUGAGGAAAUUAUGACUAUUAUUAUAAUUACUUGUCUAUUUCUACCAUCUUGGUUUUUCCCAAUUUACGCCCCAACUUAGAGGCAUUAAAAUAAAAAUGAAGUUACUGAUGGAUCCAAAUGUGCGAGUCCUCUACCAAAUCCUUCCUUCUCCGGUGAUACAGAGAAGCCUUUAUUAAUUUUGCUAAUAUCUUAGCUGGUAAAAACACCAAAAUAUACAAGAGGAAUGACAAAAACCUUUCCAAAAAAAGUCAAAGAAGGCACUGAGUGAAAAUAAGUAUUAUGUGUAAUGAAUAAAGAGAAAUUAAUGCUUUUGGUGUUGGACCCACCUCUAGACAUAAUACUACAUUCAACACAAUUACAACAUUUUCCACAGCUGUGAUGCAAGUUAAAGCUGUGGGCUGUGAUAUUGACUCUAUUGGGAGGUUAACUUGGUAAAAAGUCAAAGAAUAGAAAAACAACUUUACUCUUUUGGGUUCAAUCUUUUGCACAAAAUUGUCUUUUCUUUCUUCAUUGCUAACAUCUUUACCAGAUUAUACUCUGUCCCUACUCCACUCACAUCCAAGUGUUUUAUUUCCCUUCAGGUCUCAUCAUGCCCAUACUGUUUUUAUUUAUAGUGUUUAAGUUAUUACACUGUUACAUUUUGUGCUCUUUCUGCAAGAUGGCAAACAAUCAAGUCAAUAAACAGUGUCUUUUCUGAAA